AUGGGUCAAAGACCGCCUCCGAAUGUCCUGGACGCCUUUGGUGUAGAGGGCUCUGUGAUACACGUCCCGGGAGGCCGAGGUCUCUGCUAUCGAACUUCGCAAGGCAUUCUUCUCCGCCCUUCAGACGAUGACAAAGAAUCCGAAUACAUUGCAACUCUCUGCGACUCUUUGCUCGAACUUGAUCCUAUUGACUACCGCGUCCCUAGACCAAUCCCAGCUUCAGAGUCCCCUGUGAGAUAUGUUUGUGAUGACUGGACGGCCUGGGAGUAUCUCGAAGGGAAAGCGACUCCUCAGGGAAACUUUGAUAUUCUUAUGAGAGCUUGCCGUGGCUUUCAUGCCGAUAUCGUAAGAUUGGCUACUGAGAGUCCUACGUUUUUAUCGACGAGACAGAAUCGAUUUACAGAGGCGGAUCUUGUGACUUGGGGGGAAAAGAAACUCGAGGAUGUCGAGGAGAUCAACAGCGAUGUUAUGGCUACUAUUCAACCGAUCCUUGACAAACUUCUCAAGCUACGACAGCCAUUGCGAGAGAAAAUCAAGAAUCAGCUUAUUCAUGGCGAUUUAACUGGAAACGUCUUAUUCGACCCAGAAAACAACAGCCCUCCAGCAAUCAUCGAUAUCACGCUUUACUGGCGACCGGUUGACUAUGCAGAAGCUAUCAUAGUCGCAGAUGGACUCAUCUGGUUAAAUGAAGAUCGGAAGUUGGUCAAUAUGCUUGGCACGGAUCAUACAAGGAUCCAGCUCCUCAUGAGAGCAUUGUACUGGCGGUGCUUGUGUUUUGCUAUUGAUCCGAUUCUCUCUUGGGUGAAUGAGAAUCUCCCAAAGGCGAACUUUACAGGGGCUAUUGAGAUUGUGAGGGAAUUGAUGGGCGAGUGCAUCUGA